UCAUCGAGAAGGGACGAAGGAUUGAUUGACCAGGGGAAGAUUCUUGACGCGCACAAAAACUUCCAUUUCAGCCCUGAUCCGAAAAUUUGAUUGAAUGCGAUAAUCAUACUCGUCUCGUAAUCCUUAAAUCCGUUAACUCCAUCCAAUUCAUUCCAUUCUCCUCUGUUUGUCCGUCUUUUAUUCGUUUGAACCUCAUUGGGGAAUUGCAUGUGACCUUGAGGAGAAAACUAUCCGGUUCAUUUUUAAAGAAAUUCAAUCCUGUGCCAAUUGAGCCAAUUGACCGGGUCAUCCAAGCAAGCAAGAGUGAGUAUCCUUCCCACCUUCUUCCUGCAUCUGAAGUUGAUCAUCCGAAGGCAUCAACUUCAAUAUCAAUCAAUUCGUCAUCUAUCUGCCUUGGAGAAAAAAAGAAUUAUACUACAACUGGUCUUACAUAUCUCUCAAACUUCUACUGUACUCCAACUCAAUCUUAUUUAAUUGAAUACAUAUAAACAAAUACAAAUACAAAUACAAAUACACCACCAUCUUAGGUUUUUCAUCAUUCAGAAGCGCCACCCCUCAAUCCUUAGGUUCAAAAGAGAGUCGCUAUUUGGGACUUUCUUUGGAUAUCGAAUAUCAAAAAGUUAAAGUCACUUUACUCACCCUUACACAACUCUCCCCUCCAAACUUCAAACAGCGCGUUUGUUUGACGGCAUAGCUGUCAAAUGAACCUGCAAUUGUUUACCUUUUGAGAUUUUGAAGUAAGUUUUUGAUCAUUUUUCUAAGAUUGGUGUAAGCUCUGAGUCAUAAAAUGAAUUCUUGCGCUUUUUUGGCGAAAAAAACUUCUACAUCCAAAACUAGCAAGAAGCUGACACGAAUCUUUUCAUAGUCUCCUCUCAACCAAUUCUGAGAGGUCAAACCAUCCCUAAAUGCCCAUCUACAAUAGUCUUUACUCGAAUCUUGCACGUCAAGGAUUCGCAAAAUCCGUUACUCACGGUUACGCUCAAUCAGUCGUUGCCGCAACUCAUCCUCAAACUUUAGCAAAUCAAAAUCGAUCUGGUCGCGGAUUACAACGUCGAACGAGUAAGCUUGGUCAUCUACCAACUUAUACCCUUCAAAAUGCUUUUCACACAAGCUCCAAUUCGACUGUUACGACUGUUCAGGAUAGACCGGAAGGAUUAGAAAUAUUAUCGGAUGCCUGGAAGGCAAAUGAGCUAGCGAAGGAAGAGAAGAAAGGCCUAUUUCCAAAAUGUAUCGAAUGGAAGCCAGCUUCUAUUCAGGUGGAUGGAGAAGGAAAGAGCAAUAUUGUGACUAGUGAUGCAGCGAAGGAUACCUCGAAGCAACCCGACAGGACGUAUGGCACUAGCGCUGUGGAUGAUAUUAAGCAAGUUCAUUUCGAGGACGAGGAGGAAGCUGCUUUGGCCAAGAUCGAUGCGGCCAUCGAGAAGGAGAUUCAAUCGAGAGAGGAUCAGGCUGCAUUUGAGGCGGAAUUGAGUGUGGUUGCAGCACGCGUACCAACUCCUCCUAUUGCGCCAGUCCAGUCACCUGCUCUCACAGUCGUGACUAGCUUGGAGAAAUCGGAGUCAUCCCGAUCGCCUGUUAGUUCUACCACAUCAAUCACCUCAACUUCCGACCUUCAAUCACUGAGCUAUGCCGAACAUCUCACCAAACUUGCCCAAGGUGGCAGAUAUGCUGAGAUUCCUGCGGUUUUUGAGGCCAUGCUCGUUGGAGGCAUCAAACCAACGGCAACUGCAUACAACGCUCUUCUCGAUGCCGCAAUACACCUUCCUUCGGAACAAAUUCAAGUGGUUCCAAAGGCACUUGAUGUUUAUUCCGACAUGCUUAGGCGAAAGAUAUUGCCAGAUACUUCAACGUACAGCACACUCAUUAAAUUGAUUGCUUCUCGAUCCAUAACUGUAACUUCAUUGAGACAGACAUUGGAAGAAAAACGCGUUAGAUAUGGUGGAAUGGAGGAAGCUGGCAAAUUUAUGUUUGCUUCCAACGAAUUAGAGUUUGCUAUUCUCGCCGAAGAUGACAGGUUAGAUCUUGCUGUCAGGUUGUUUGAUGCAUCAAUCUCGUACCACACGGAUCGUUCAUUCCCAGCAGAAACAUAUCAUCAGCUCAUAUCCGCAUGUGCUGAUGCUGGUCGUAUCCCAGAUAUGGUACGAUUGUAUGAACAUAUGGAGACUAGCAAGGUUGUACCAUUGGCUGCUACUUUCCAGCACAUGAUCAGGGGCUUCGCUCAAUCAGGUGAUUUAAGUAGUGCUGUCGAAUGUUACAAUGAGUACAAGGAGCUGGCUGUCGCAGAUGACAGUGGCAAACUUCAAUUGUUUGAUCGUCAAGACGCACAAAUCUACGCCUCUGUUGUCAAAGCUUACGUCGCUUCCGAUAAAAUGGACGGUGCCAUGAAGUUUUACAACAGAAUUGUGGAAGGAUAUGGUGAAAAUGUUGAAGCUUUCCGGGACGUACUUAUUGAUGAAGGUUUCGUUCAGGGUCUUCUUGAACGUAAUAUGUUGACUGAAGCUCUUAGCUGGGCUGAGAGUCUACAAACUGCCACCAAAUCAUUGGUCAUGAGCACCAUCUCUAUGCGUGCUGCCGACAAGGGAGAAAGAUCCAUUGCUGUUGCAGCUUUCUCUCACAUCAACCCUGACCCAUCAAUUUCUAAGCCAACGAUGGCAUUGUUGGCUUUGAGUGUUCGCAAUGGUGAUGUUACUGCAGCUCAAAGAUACUGGGGUAUACUUACUGCCGCUGAAAUGCCUGUAUCGUCCGCUUUCAUUGAACCAACUGCCAUGUUCGCCGUUGCGAUGAUUGGUUCUGGACAGGUCCUCGAAGGUCUUACACAAUCUGAACAAAUGUUCUCCAGAAUCAGAGAAUCUUCUACGGACGUCAAUCUUCACUUGGCUGAUGAGAUUGAAGAGGGUACUGAGUUCAUUGCUCGAUUCAUGAAGUCACAUAACAUUGUUGAUCCUCGUGAUGCAGCAGUAGCAGAAGCUAUGUAUCAACAAAACUUCCAACCUGCAGUAUAUGUAGCACCACCUACAUUCGAGGAUACUUUUGAUCCUUACGCCGCUUCUACCGAUUUCAAAGGUUCAGCUCUUAUCGCCGACGAACUUGAGAGAGGAGCUAGUCGUGGCAAGGGAUCUAAGCUCAAUGAUGCUUUGGGUAGAUUCAGAAAUAUGCGUCGCGCUGGUCGUCAUCCAAGAUACAUCACUUAUGCUAAAUUAAUUUCUGCUGCUGCUCGCGAGGAACGAAUGCCCUUGGUUAAUGAUAUUCUUGGUAUGGCACGAUCCGAUGUACCUUUACUUGUCCAAUAUCCUGUUGUUCGAUAUGGUUGGGUUUCAAUCCUUGAUGCCAUGGUUGGUGCUUGCCUAACUCUUGGCAACCGCAACCUCGCUGCUCAAUACCACCAAGAACUUCUCGACAUGGGAGCCGCACCAACUGCAAACACUUUCGGUCUUUAUAUUACAACUUUGAAGGAAUCAACAAAGACUUUUGAUGAAGCUUCAGAGGCUGUCAAAAUUUUCCACCGUGCUAAGACGGAAGGUGUUGAACCUUCAUCCUUCUUGUAUAAUGCUCUGAUCGGUAAACUUGGAAAGGCUCGUCGUAUUGAUGAUUGUCUUUUCUACUUUGCUGAGAUGCGUGCUCUUGGUAUUCGACCAACUAGUGUUACGUAUGGUACCAUUGUCAAUGCUCUUUGCCGUGUUAGUGACGAAAAGUUUGCCGAAGAGUUGUUUGAAGAGAUGGAAUCUAUGCCAAACUAUAAGGCUAGACCUGCUCCUUACAACAGCUUGAUGCAAUUUUUCCUCACUACCAAGCGUGACAAGAGCAAGGUUCUCGCAUACUACGAACGAAUGAAGUCUAAGGGUAUUCAACCAACCAAUCAUACCUACAAAUUACUUGUCGACACUCAUGCUACUCUCGAACCUGUUAAUAUGGCAGCUGCUGAAGCCAUCCUUGAUAUCAUUCGUAGUAAUGGUGGAAAGCCAGAAGCUGUUCACUAUUCUUCAUUGAUUCAUGCCAAGGGUUGUGUUAUGCAUGAUAUGGAAGGUGCUCGCAAGGUUUUCGAUUCAGUUAUGGCUGAUUCUUCCAUUCGUCCUCAAGCAUGUCUUUACCAAGCUUUGUUUGAAUCCAUGGUUGCUAAUCAUAACGUCGCUGAUACCGAAUCUGUUCUUUCCGAUAUGUCUGUUAGAGGUGUUGCAAUGACUCCAUAUAUUGCCAAUACUUUAAUUCAUGGAUGGGCCAAUGAGCGCAAUAUUGAAAAGAGUAAAGCAAUUUUCGCAACUGUCGGUCGUGAAAAGAGAGAACCAAGUACUUAUGAAGCUAUGACUCGAGCUUACCUUGCUGUUGAGGAUCGCGAAAGCGCUAAGAAUGUUGUUCAAGAAAUGCUUAGCAGAGGAUAUCCAGGAGCUGUUUCAAAUAAGAUUUUGGAAUUACUCGGUGGUGGUCAUGCUGAGACCGUUCAGGUUUAGAUGAUUCACAUCAUCUAGUCUUGACAUUUGAAUUCAUUUUUCGAUUCAACCUCUUGUGGUUCAUUCAUUUCGAUUGUCUAUUUCACCUUUCGUCAUUCUUAUGUAUUGUGUUUGGACAAUCACAUCUUCAAUACAACCCGAAUAUUCUUUCCUUUUGUUCAAGUAUGUUAUGAUACCCGUGCUAUGGCACAUCAAAUGAUGGUGGCGGAUUAUGGGUAUCAAGGUCUAGGCUAGUAGUUGAGUUGGCUUGAUAUUUGCUUUCUGACUCGGCUGGCUGGUCAGACAUAGAGUUUCAGUUUUUCUUUUAUUUGUUUAUUUAUUACAUAAUAAAAUAUCAAGUCUCUUUUGAGAUUGUAGAUUUUACACUCUACGAUGUCGAGAACUGGAUAAUGGCGUUUUGGAAUGAGAGGGGUUGGGUUUGGUUUGAUGGUUACUGGAAUUAUUUGCAUACAUGCAAUGUGGCGUUUUGGGAGCGAGCGUAAAUGGAAUUUAUGCGUUAAAAGAUAAAUCUCAACUCUUAGAAGGUGGAUGGAUGGAUGGAUGGACGGGAAAAAGAAGAAAAGGGAAGAAGAAGAAGAAUUCUAUGAUGGUGAUUUAUGGAUGAAACUAUAGAUUAUCGAACUGGCUUGUUCAUUUUUCAGUGAUGAUUGUGGUGGUGGUAUUGGAAGUGGAAAAAUUACACAUACAUACAUACAAUCAAUACAUAGUAGAUAUUUUACAUAUGUAAUAAUAAAGAUUAAAAAGAUUACAAUUUACAACAAGUAUUUCCUCUGUAUUUAAACUUUU